GGGCGACACUCCCCGGCGGCGGGUCCCCCCUCGUAACAAGCGAUUGUGUGUUCUUUGGAGGUGGCCACAGGAGGAGGGGGCCCGGCCCGAGGAGGGGGGGAAAGGCAAACAAACCCUCCUUUAAGUGAGCGUGCGUGUCCUGGAGCCAGCCCCCCGGCGCACAUGCCUUUUCUGGCCCUUGAAGGGGUUAAAGGCCUCCCGGAGUCAAAAACAAGCAGGUGUCCUACCGUGCCAGAUACGCUGCCUAAACUGCUUCCAGCUUUUCCCCCUCCUGCAAUAAGUCUGUGCUCAGCCACGGGACGGAGGCGCCGCAGCCCGCCGGUGACAGGCGUCAGGUUAGCUGGCUCCCACCCGGGUGGCGCGCCCAGGAUAUAAAUCCAGGCUCGGCCCCCGCAGCGGCUCUGGUGCCCGCACACCGAGGAGGCCGCUUGCCUUCCGGAGACCUUUCUUUCAUCUGGAGCCGCUCUGCCCAGCAGGCUGCACCGGGAGCAGCGGCUGCAGCAACCUCAGCCUUCUCGGGGAGACCUGCGGGCCGGGGAGGGCAGGUGUCCAGGCCCGAGGAGGAGGAGGAGGCACCGGUGGGUCGUAGCCCCUGGUGUCCGCUCCGGGGAGGCCUCCAGCCACCACUGACCGGACCAUGUGGGCCCCGGGACGCCACCCGUUCUGGUCCCGCUGCAGGCGGCUGCUCCUGCUGCUGCUACUCGGGGUGCCCCUGCCAGGCCUGGCACUGCCACCCAUCCGCUAUUCCCACGCGGGCAUCUGCCCCAAUGACAUGAACCCCAAUCUCUGGGUGGACGCGCAGAGUACCUGCAAGCGGGAGUGUGAGGCGGACCAGGAAUGUGAGACCUACGAGAAGUGCUGCCCCAACGUGUGCGGGACCAGGAGCUGUGUGGCGGCCCGCUACAUGGAUGUGCGGGGCAGGAAGGGGCCAGUGGGCAUGCCCAAGGAGGCCACAUGUGACCGCUUCACGUGCGUGCAGCAGGGCUCCGAGUGUGACAUCUGGGACGGACAGCCCGUGUGCAAGUGCAAAGACCGCUGUGAGAAGGAGCCCAGCUUCACCUGCGCCUCGGAUGGCCUCACCUACUACAACCGCUGCUACAUGGACGCUGAGGCCUGCUCUAAGGGCAUCACGCUGGCCGUCGUCACCUGCCGCUACCACUUCACCUGGCCCAACACCAGCCCCCCGCCGCCCGAGACCACGGUGCACCCCACCACAGCCUCCCUAGAGACCCCCGGGCUGGACCUGGCAGCCCCCGCGCUGCUCAACCACCCGGCACACCAGUCGGUGACUGUGGGGGAGACGGUGAGCUUCCUGUGCGACGUGGCGGGGCGGCCGCGGCCCGAGAUCACCUGGGAGAAGCAGCUGGAGGACCGGGAGAACGUGCUCAUGCGGCCCAACGACGUGCGUGGCAAUGUAGUGGUCACCAACAUCGCGCAGCUGGUCAUCUACAACGCGCAGCCUCAGGACGCCGGCAUCUACACCUGCACGGCCCGGAACGCCGCCGGGGUGCUGCGCGCCGACUUCCCGCUGUCCGUGGUCAGGGGCGGCCCGGGGGAGGCCCCCUCGGAGGGCAGCCUCAACGCCACGGCCUUCCCGCCGGCCGAGUGCCUGAAGCCGCCCGACAGCGAGGACUGCGGCGAGGAGCAGACGCGCUGGCGCUUCGACGCCCAGGCCAACAACUGCCUCACCUUCACCUUCGGUCACUGCCACCGCAACCGGAACCACUUUGAGACUUACGAGGCGUGCGUGCUGGCCUGCAUGCGUGGCCCGCUGGCGGCGUGCAGCCUGCCAGCCCUGCAGGGCCCCUGCAAGGCCUACGUGCCGCGCUGGGCCUACAACAGCCAGACGGGCCAGUGCCAGUCCUUCGUGUACGGGGGCUGCGAGGGCAACGGCAACAACUUCGAGAGCCGCGAGGCCUGCGAGGAGUCCUGCCCCUUCCCCCGGGCCAACCAGCGCUGUCCCGCCUGCAAGCCACGGCAGAAACUCGUGACCAGCUUCUGCCGCAGCGACUUCGUCAUCCUGGGCCGGGUCUCGGAGCUGACCGAGGAGUCCGACACGGGCCGGGCCCUGGUGACGGUGGACGAGGUCCUCAAGGACGAGGAGAUGGGCCUCAAGUUCCUGGGCCAGGAGCCGCUGGAGGUCACUCUGCUGCAGGUCGACUGGGCCUGCCCGUGCCCCAACGUGACGGUGGGCGACACGCCACUCAUCAUCAUGGGCCAGGUGGAGGGCGGCAUGGCCAUGCUGCGGCCCGACAGCUUCGUGGGCUCGUCGAGCGCCCGGCGGGUCAGGAAGCUCCGAGAGGUCUUGCACAAGAAGACCUGCGACGUCCUCAAGGAGUUCCCAGGCCUGCACUGAGCCGCCACCUGUCCCCACCCCUCCCACCUCCCCCACCCCCUGCCCUAGGGCCACAUACACCCGGCAAGAUCAGAGGAGACAGCCACGGGCCACGGGGACCACGGGCCACGGGGCAGGGGGAAGCCACCACGGGCUGAGGGUCAUCUCUAGUCUUUGGGGUAAGGGGUCCGGGUUUCUUUUUUAGCUGAGGGGAACAAAGAAGUCACUAGACUUGAGGGUUAUCCCUGAUGGGCGGGCCUCCACCUCCCGGCCCCGCCUGGGCUCGGGCCUCUGCCGGCAGGUAGUUGAGGGACUUGGGUUGCAGAGGGACUUGCUCAUGGGAGCUCACGGUGCGAAGCGUCGUGGGCACCAUCCCGCCCGCGCAGGCUGCCCUGGGAAUAAGCACUUCCCGGGGGCCGCUGGGGAGGGAAAGUCAGAGAAAUGUCACUGCCCAGCUCCUCGCGCCCACACGCGCAGCCCUGAUCCCUGGGGUCCCCGGACGCAGACCCGACUGCCGCGUGACGGGCUUGCGUGGGCCUGAGGCCCGUGGAGGCGCCAGGAUCCGAAUCGGUACGGCAGGAAGAAGGGAGGGAAGGCCGGCCUGCGGGAGGUCACGGAGGAAUCGAGGCGGCCGGCGCGCGGAGGCGGAGGCUGCUCGCUGCUCCCACCUGGCGGUGGCGCGCCGCAGCGAGCGGGCAGGGGCGUGCGGCGUGCGGCCUCGGCGGCUGCUUCUGCGCGUUUCCAGCCUCGCGUCACCAGCCUCCGCGGCCAACCCUCGGCGGAGGAUUGGGGGCCCCGCUGUCCACUCUGUAUCUGCCCCUCAGCUCCCUUCUCAGCCCCGCGCAGCACCCCCAGGGCUCAGGAAGGUCCCCAAGCUUCCUCGGUGUAGGGAGGAAGCUGCUGAUUAAAAGCUUGCAGCAUCACG